UCCAUUAUUCUACAUUCUGUCAUUCUGUCAAGUUUUGCCAAAAAAGAGGAAGAAAAGUGCGAAUUUAAUUGGGUUUUAUUUUAUUUGCAAUAAAUAUUUGCAUUAUUUUCGUUAAAAAAAAUAAUGCUAAAAACAUCAGCAAACUUUAUAUUAUCAAUAAAUAGAAAAUAAAACAUUAAUAUUUAGCAAAAAGUAAAGUGGAUACAAAUUAAUUAGAAAAAUAGUGUGUGUGUUUGUGUGUAACGCAAAAAAAAAAAAUAUAAAAAAGGAGAAAAGAAGCAGCAGAAGAAGAAUCAAUUUCAUGUGAAUUUUGAAAAAUUGUAUAUAAUGGAAAUUGUAAUUUAAUUCGUGCGUGGUAUAGUGCUGUUUUUCAGUUAAUUCCUUAGAUUUCGAUGAAAUAAAAAUCUAUAAAAUUAGUUUUAAUACGUGUUCAAUGUAAAAGAAAAAAAUUUAGAGUAAAUUGCGACAGUACAACCAACAGCAGUAGCAACAACACAGCAAAAAAGCAACAAGAACAACAUCAACUUAAUAAAGAACUACAACAACUAUAAUAAUAUUUGUGUUAAAAUAACUGCACACACAACAUUGUUAGAUCGGCAUUUAGCUAAAAAUUAAAAAAAAAAAUAAGUAAAUAUAAGUUUUUGUUUCUUUUUCUUAAUUUUUUGUGUAAUAUUAAAGCAGCUUUAAAACUCAUAGACACAAAUACAUACAAAAAAAAAACACUUUAAUUCUGAAGUGGCAAUGACUUCUACUUCAAAUUCAUCAUCGUCAGCUUCUACAACAUCAUCAUCAUCUUCGUCUUCGUCGUCAACAUCGGCUGGAGUAAGUGAUACAAAUUAUAGUUUUGCUGAUAUUAGUAAAAAUUCUACAAAUAGAGUAGUAGCCAAUAUGUCAGGUGGCGGCGAUGGUAAUAGCAAUGAUACUCCACCAUUAGAGGCAUCAACGCCCAAUAAUAUAGAAUUGGAAUAUAAGAAAAUAACAGGAGAUCGUAAUGGUUGGCAACGUUUAUAUCAGGAAAUUCGCGAAAAAUGUGAACGUGAAGCAAAUGAAAAACAUUUCGGAACAAUUGAAUCAGAAAAACCACAAAAUCGUUGCCUGAACAGAUAUCGAGAUGUUAACCCAUAUGAUCAUUCAAGAAUUAUUAUACACAGAGGCGGUGUUGAUUACAUUAACGCUAACUUAGUAAAGCUUGAACGAGCUGAACGUAAAUAUAUUCUAACACAAGGACCACUAGGUGAUACGGUUGGACAUUUCUGGUUAAUGGUUUGGGAACAAAAAACAAAAGCAAUACUGAUGUUAAAUAAACUGAUGGAAAAGAAACAAGUUAAAUGUCAUUUGUAUUGGCCUGAACGUAAAGGUCUAGAAAAUGCUCUCAAAUUGAAUGAAGUUAAAUUGAUUAUCGAAUUUUUACGUUGUGAAGAGUACAAAAACUUUUGUGUGAGAUGGUUUAAAUUAACCGAUAUAGAAUCGAAUCAAAGUCGCGAAAUUAUACAAUUCCAUUAUACCACCUGGCCUGACUUUGGCAUUCCCAGUUCACCAGUGGCUUUUUUGCAAUUCCUUAAACAAGUACGCGAUUCGGGUGCUUUAGAGCCAGAUGUUGGUCCUGCCGUUGUGCACUGUAGUGCUGGUAUAGGUCGUUCGGGUACAUUCUGUUUAGUAGAUUGCUGUUUGGUUUUGGUUGACAAGGAAGGUGUUCAAAAUGUAUCUGUACAAGAUGUUUUAUAUGAAUUGCGCAGAUAUCGUAUGGGUCUUAUACAAACCGCCGAUCAAUUGUAUUUUUCAUAUCAAGCUAUUAUUGAAGGCAUUAAAUUACUUAAAGAUCCGAAAUUCAUUGAUUACAAUGAAGCGCCUAUUGUUACCAGUGAUGAUAGUCAACAUCAUGAGCAAUAUAUUAUAGAUGAAACACCACCGCCCUUACCACCGCGCACUCAUUCCCUCUUACCUUUGGCUGGCAGUGGAGCUGAUGGCAUUUUAAGGCUGAAUUUGGCUGGUUCACAAGGUAAACCACUGCCCAAAAUACCGGCCAGUGUUAGUUUUAACGAUGACCUAUACGCCCCCGACAAUGACAACACCAACAAAGAUGCUCUUAAUAAUUUUAUUAAUAAUGAAAGAAGUUCUGAAAAUAAUACAAGCAUGACAAAUCGACCACUUCCACCACUGCCAACACAACAGAAUAAUUCAUUGAAUCGUGUACACGAAUCGGAUAGUGAUGAAAAUGAAUACUUUGAGAAUGAUGAUAGUGAAGAAGACGAUAUUGACGAUAACGAUGAUGAUGAUGAUGACGAUGCUGAUGUUAACAAUGAUCAUGAUGAAGAUAAGGAUAAUGCCAAUUAUAGCAAAUCAAGAAAUAAAGAUCAAUUUAAUCAUCAAUCGCAUCAGCAACAGCAACAUAGUAAUGCAACAACGAACGAACAAAGUGGAGAAUAUGAUUCCAUGGAAUUAAAUGGCAUUGAGACUGCAAAUACCAGUGGCCCUACAAGUCCUGACACCCAGUUACGACGUAGAAAACGUGCCGAACACCAGGCGAAUAUUGAACAAAAAGUUAAUGAAAUCAAACGAAAACAACGUGAAAACGAGGAAAACAAACAAGCGGCGAAAAAACGAAGGUCAUUAAUUACUUAUAUAACAGCAGGUGUUAUUGUGGGUGUUAUCUGUGUUUAUGCCUAUUCAAAAUGGGCUUAAAUAUAUACAUAUAUUUUUUAUCCAAUUUCAAUUUUAAGCCAGCCACAUACACACCAACACUAUUUUCUCUCUACUUUUGAAAAAUUUCCAUUUUGCAGAUCACAUUCUUUUAGUUUUAUGUGUUCGUUUAGAGAAAAAAAAGAACAAACUUAAAGUUAUACUAAAACACAUAUUAAACAACAAACACAUGAAAAAAAUUGAGAACAUAUAGAAGAGUGAGAAUACAUAUAUGGUAAUGAACAAUCAAACGAUAAUGUUUUUGCCACAAUUUAUUAAAUUUUUUUUAUAAUUUAUAUAUUUCUAAAUGAUAACAUCGACUAAAUGAAUUUUUUUUCUAAUAAUAAUGAAGUGAAUAACAUUUA